UCUCCUCAUCAACUAAAAAACUCAAAAAACACCCCAAAACACCCUAAAAACAAUCCAAAAAUGUCCAUCUUCCUUACUUCUGCUCUUCUAAUCAUUUCAAUGAUUGCUAUGACCGAGGGAGCAGGCGAUCGAAGCGCUUCAACCUCUACUGGUUGUACAACCUAUUUUGGAAUGCUUGAUCACGCGGAUACCAAGGAAAAUAACAAAAGGAAAACUUUCAAACCCAACGUUGAAAACAUAUCCAACACCUUGAAAGUGACUGGUGGGGCUACGUUUAGCAAUACCUCGGUGGCUUUGGUUGUCGGUAAUGAGGUGUUAUGUAUGGCUAAGACAGAGGGUUCAGGCGAUUGCGGAAUGCGCAACGAAGCGUUGACUGGAACUAUGAAAUUUUUCAUUUCUGAGAAUAUUAUUGUUGAGGUUCCAUUCAAAGACGUUUUUUUCUUCACCGACAACAAGUGUGUCAUCCAGCUUGUAAGCUACAAUGUUGGAACGCAUGAAACUCUUCUCAAAAUUAAUGAUGUCGACUUCAAAAUUACCGCUACUGACAAGAAAAUUUCCCCGAAGGCUUGUACUAUGAAAAUGUGAGGGAUAAAUGUAAAGAAAGGGGAUAACAGAAAGUGUAAAUAUGGAAGGAUAAAAACGAAACAAAAAUUAAUGUGAAGUAAAAAAUAAAGAAAUUCAAGUAGAUUCCUUAAAAAACGAUAAACUUCACAAUAUCUGUCUCCUUUUGUUUAUAUUUUUUCGAAUAAAUCGCUUUAGCUGUUAAAUUGAAAGAGGUUUUAGCCGACAAAGAGGCUGUACUGGGAGUUUUAUUUAACAAGGUUAUU